AUGCGGGGGGACCGGGCAGCCCGGCGACUGGCGUUGCAAUCGCUGCGGCCGCCGCCACUUCUGCUGCUGCUGCUGCUGUCCCGGGCCGGGGCGCUGCACCCAGACGAGCUCUUCCCCUACGGGCAGUCGCGGGGGAACCAGCUCCUGCAGGAAGGCGACGACGAAAGCUCAGCCCCGGUGAAGCUGGCGAGUCCCCUGCGCUUCUACGAAGCCCAGUUCAGCUACCUCUACGUGGGCACCAACGGUAUCAUCUCCACUCAGGACUUCCCUAGGGAAACCCAGUACGUGGACGAUGAUUUCCCCACAGACUUUCCGGCCAUUGCCCCCUUCCUGGCGGACAUCGACACGAGCCGGGGCAGGGGCCAGGUCCUGUACCGUGAGGACACGUCCCUGGCGGUGCUGGGCCUGGCCGCCCGCUACGUGCGCGCAGGCUUCCCGCGCAGCGCGGCGCACUUCACCCCCACCCACGCCUUCGUGGCCACCUGGGAGCAGGUGGGCGCCUACGAGGAGGCCAGCAGCCGGGUGCCGCCCUCAGGACAGUUGAACACUUUCCAGGCAGUUUUGGCAUCUGAUGAGUCUGAUACCUACGCCCUCUUUCUUUACCCUGCCAAUGGCCUUCAGUUCUUUGGAACCCGCCCCAAGGAGUCUUACAACGUGCAGCUCGAGCUUCCCGCUCGGGUGGGCUUCUGCCGAGGGGAGAUCGAUGACCUGAAGAGAGAGGGACCCUAUUUCAGCUUGACUAGCACUGAACAGUCUGUGAAAAAUCUCUACCAACAGAGCAACGUAGGGGUUCCUGGAGUGUGGGCUUUUCAUAUCGGCAGCUCCUCCCCACUGGACAAUAUCAGGCCAGCCACCUUUGGAGGAGACCUUACCAAAGCCCACCCUUCACCUCCCCCGGAGCGGUCCUUCGGCCCUACGGCAGCCCCAGGAAGUGACUACACUGAGGACAAUCUGGAUUAUUAUGAUGAGAGUGAGGGAGAAGUGGAAUACUCCCCAAGUGAGCCAGAGGACGCCUGGGAUGGCCACAGCAGGACUGAUGUUUCCUUCCAGCCAAAAGCUGAUGAUCGGCCCCUCUACCCUGAAACCGAAUCUGCCACCUUCGACCCUCAAGCCAAAGAGGGGAGAGCUCUGGGCGGGGUAGAUGCCCCAGGUUUAAAUGGCCCAGUCGAGUCUUGGGAACAGCGGGGGACCAGAGGCCCAGCUGCAUCAGAGAUAGAAGGAGAUUUGCUGGGUCCUGCCCAGGGAGCCCCAUCUCCCUACCCCGAGGGAGGGGCACCACCUUCGGAAGAGGAUGUUCCUCCAGUCCAUCCUGAGGGAAAGGCCGUUCUUCUAAAUUACCCCGCGCCCGCUCACACUCCACCGCUGGGCCCGGGGAGGCAAGUGCUAGGCGUGGAGGACAUCAUCGGUUCCAGCACUGAGGUCUUCACGUAUAAUGCUGCCAACAAGGAAACCUGUGAGCACCACCACAGACAGUGCUCCCGGCAUGCCUUCUGCACCGACUACGCCACUGGCUUCUGCUGCCACUGCCAGUCCAGGUUUUACGGAAAUGGGAAGCACUGUCUCCCAGAAGGGGCACCUCAUCGGGUCAAUGGGAAAGUGAGUGGCCACCUCCAUGUGGGCCAUACGUCCGUGCACUUCGAGGAUGUGGACCUGCAUGCUUACAUUGUGGGCAAUGACGGCAGAGCCUACACGGCCAUCAGCCACAUCCCUCAGCCCGCGGCCCAAGCCCUUCUCCCGCUCACACCAAUCGGAGGCCUAUUUGGCUGGCUCUUUGCUUUACAGAAACCAGGCUGGGAGAAUGGCUUUAGCUUCACAGGUGCUACCUUUACCCAUGAUAUGGAAGUUACUUUCCACCCAGGAGAAGAGAGGGUUCGAAUCACUCAAACUGCCGAGGGACUUGACCCAGAGAACUAUCUGAGCAUUAAGACCAACAUUCAGGGCCAGGUGCCCUACAUCCCAGCAAAUUUCACAGUCCACAUAGCUCCCUACAAGGAGAUUUACCACUACUCAGACUCAGCUGUGACCUCCACAAGUUCCAGAGACUACUCACUCACCUUUGGUGCCAUCAACCAAACACGGUCCUACCGCAUCUACCAGAACAUCACUUACGAGGCCUGCAGGCACGCCCCCAGACACCCGGCCGUCCCCACCCCCCAGCAGCUGAAUGUGGACCGGGUCUUUGCCUUGUACACGGAGGAAGAAAGGGUGCUUAGAUUUGCUGUGACCAAUCAGAUUGGCCCAGUUGAAGGGGACUCAGACCCCAUCCGUGUGAAUCCUUGCUACGAUGGGAGACACACAUGUGACACGAGGGCUCGUUGCCACCCAGGGGCAGGGGUAGACUACACCUGCGAGUGCAUCUCUGGGUAUCAGGGAGACGGACGCAGCUGUGCGGAUGUAAAUGAGUGUGCCAUCGGCUUCCAUCGCUGCGGCCCCAACUCCGUGUGUAUCAACUUGCCGGGAAGCUACAGGUGUGAGUGCCGGAGUGGUUAUGAGUUUGCAGAUGACCAGCACACUUGCAUCUUGAUCACCCCACCUCCCAACCCCUGUGAGGAUGGCAGUCAUUCCUGUGCUCCUGCUGGCCAGGCCCGGUGCAUUUACCACGGAGGCAGCACAUUCAGCUGCGCCUGCCUGCCUGGUUACAUGGGCAAUGGGUCCCAGUGUACUGAUGUCGAUGAAUGCUCGGAAAACAGAUGUCACCCCUCGGCUACCUGCUACAAUACCCCUGGUUCUUUCUCCUGCCAAUGCCACCCUGGCUACCAUGGGGAUGGACUUCAGUGCACACCAGACCCCUCCUCAGGGCUGAAACCCUGUGAACAGCAGCAGCACCACGCGCAGGCUCAGCACGCCUCUACCGGCAGUCGGCUGCACAUUCCUCAGUGCGAUGAGCAGGGUCGCUUCCUGCCACUGCAGUGUCAUGGCAUGACCGGCUUCUGCUGGUGUGUGGACCCCGACGGCCGCGAAGUCCCCGGCACACGGACUCCCCCCGGCUCCAUGCCGCCGCGCUGCGGACCACCAGAGCCCACCCAGAGGCCCCGGACCGUCUGUGAGCGCUGGAGGGAAAACCUGCUGGAGCACUACGGUGGCACGCCCAGGGACGACCAGUAUGUGCCCCAGUGUGAUGACCUGGGCCACUUCAUCCCCCUGCAGUGCCACGGGACGAGUGACUUCUGCUGGUGCGUGGACAAAGAUGGCAGAGAAGUGCAGGGCACCCGCUCGCAGCCAGGCACCACCCCUGCCUGUAUCCCCACGGUUGCUCCGCCCACAGUCCGGCCUGUGCCACGGCCUGACGUGACCCCUCCGUCCGUGGGCACCUUCCUGCUCUAUGCCCAGGGCCAGCAGAUCGGUCACUUGCCCCUCAACGGAACCAGGCUUCAGAAGGACAUGGCCAAGACCCUGCUGUCACUGCAUGGCUCCAUAGUUGUGGGAAUUGACUAUGACUGCCGCGAGAGGAUGGUGUACUGGACAGAUGUUGCUGGACGGACAAUCAGCCGUGCCAGUCUGGAACCAGGAGCAGAGCCUGAGACGAUCAUCAACUCAGGUCUGAUAAGCCCCGAAGGACUUGCCAUCGACCACUUCCGUCGAACAAUGUACUGGACAGACAGUGGCCUGGACAAGAUAGAGAGGGCCAGGCUGGACGGCUCUGAGCGCCAAGCCCUCUUCCACACGGACCUGGUGAAUCCUCGGGCCAUUGCUGUGGAUCCGAUCCAAGGCAACUUGUACUGGACGGACUGGAAUCGAGAAGCUCCCAAAAUUGAAACAUCUUCUUUAGAAGGAGAAAACAGAAGAAUUCUGGUGAAUAAAGACAUUGGACUGCCUAAUGGUUUAACCUUUGAUCCCUUCUCCAAACUGCUCUGCUGGGCAGACGCAGGAACCAAAAAACUGGAGUGUACCCUACCUGAUGGGACUGGACGUCGCGUCAUUCAGAACAACCUCAACUACCCCUUCAGUAUUGUCAGUUAUGCAGAUCACUUCUACCACACAGACUGGAGGAGGGAUGGUGUCAUAUCAGUAAAUAGAGACAGCGGCCAGUUUGCUGAUGAGUAUCUCCCAGAGCAGCGAUCUCAUCUCUACGGGAUAACUGCAGUCUAUCCCUACUGCCCAACAGGUAAAUAA